UGCAACUGCCGGAAAACAAGGCCUACAAUCAUUAUUCUUUCUUAUUUAAACUUCACUUUGUGAUCUAUAUAAACAAACUACAAGAGAAAUUUAAGACUCUCUCUCUCUCUCUCUCUCUCUCUCUCUCUCUCUCUCUCCGCAGAAAAUCGCUUUGUGUUUUGUUCGUUAUUUUUAAGGUCCAAGUCACAGACGCUGAAAACAACAUUAUUGAAGCUAAUUUGUCUUUCACUUUCAGCUAGCCUAGCCAGUUGAAAUCUAAGGCUUAUCUUUUAUUCAUAGAAUCAGACAUCAUGAACAACUCGCCCUCCUCCUCCUCCUCCUCCUCCUCCUCGUCAAAGUCAAGAAGGAAGCAACAGCAACAACCACAACCAGUACUACUAGAAAGCCAGCAGCAACAGCAACAAGAAGGAGAAGCGAGGUUUCUCGGGGUAAGAAGAAGGCCGUGGGGCAGAUACGCAGCGGAGAUAAGAGACCCUUCCACCAAAGAGAGGCAUUGGCUUGGCACCUUCAACACUGCCGAGGAGGCCGCCUUGGCCUACGACCGUGCCGCUCGCUCCAUGCGCGGUUCCAAGGCCCGCACCAACUUCGUAUACUCUGACAUGCCGAGCGGUUCAUCCGUAACCUCUACUAUCUCGCCCGAUGAGUCAUCGCAGCACGAUACCUCUACCCUCUUCGCUCCCGACCAACAACAAAAUAAUGCAAAUACUCACCCCUCUACCCAACUCUUCUUCGGUCAAGACCCUUUCAUAAAUGCUACUACAUGUCCAUUUUCUAUUGGGGACAACUGGGCUCAAGGGACUACGGAUUUUGGGUCCAAUUACCAGCCCAUUACGGCUAUUACGGAUGGUGGGCAGGUGCGCGCGCACCCAAGCUCAUGCUCGUCCCAUGACGCUACUGAGCUCCCACCUUUGCCGCCUGAUGCAUCUACUUGUUAUGGGGCUGGAGUGAUGGGCUCCACUAUGGGUCAAGAAGUUUGGAGUGACACCAACUGUUUUCAGCUCAUUGAACAAACGAAGAACGGUUUAGACUCAGCUGUUAGUGGACCGUAUAUGGAUUUUUACUCCAAUGAGUUUAUGCAACACAGCCCACCAUUUGGAAGGAUGCCACCGGCUCCAAACUCGGGUAGCGAUGCAUUUGGUUUGGGUUCUUCAUCUCCCUACCACUAUUAAAUAAAUCCACCCCCUCGUCCUCAAAAUUCUGAUUUUUCAAACCGUCGGUUCAACGUUGAGGUAUGUUUUCCUUGUUUGGUUGUUUGUUUUCUUUUGGGGGGCGAAUAUAGGCAAAUGUUGAAUAGUGUAUUGUAUUGUUUUUGUUAAACUUAUGCGAGAUUUUAACCUUUUUGGACCAUAGAUGAGAAAUGGUUGGAUUGCUAGAGUCUGUAAAGCAAUCCUGUAUUAUCUUUGCUAGAGUCCAGAACAACCAUCCCACAACCAUCCCACUUUCCACCAAAAUAUUACUCCCUCUGGUGUCAAUGACAAAGUUGAAACUCCUUCGGUGUA